CAAAUGGUAAGCUUUAAAAUGUAUUUAAGGCCAUUCCAUAUCCCCCCUAGUUGUCAGUUAGAUUUGAAAGAAAACUUAAAACAAUCCCGAAACGAACCCAAAAAUCCAAUGUCCGAGACAACAGAUCCCAAUAACUCCACCUCCAAGUCGAAUCUGAUUAAAAUGCACCAUGUGGGCGUGACGGCGAAGAUGCAGUCCCCGCUGAAGAUACUGCCUCGGAUGAACUCAUCCAGCGACUCGGAUGCAUAUCAACAUGCGGCCACACAAUAUAGCAUUUUCAAGACCGAUCGAGGCGAAGACAUGUCCGAAACUACGGUGGCCCGAAGCUCCAGUUCCCCACAAACGCUGUACGAGAUGCACGCGGAGCCGGAAAAGAGUCUGCUCCAGCAGUCAAAGGGUAAGCCCCAACGGAUCGAGUUCCAGCGCUACAACAAAAAGCGUCCCCACGUGGUUGUGCCAAAGCGUUCGGCUCCACACUUGAAGGAGCGCUCCAAGUCUCACAAAGCCUCGCAGAUGCCCAAAGUGGGACUGCUGGGCCGUCUGUUGCAGUCGCUGGACAAAAUGUGCAAGUGCCAAAAUCAACAGAAGGCCCUUAUCGAUGACUUGCCGGAGCCGCUGUGGAAUCGCAAAGAGGAAACCCGGCAUACAUGCAUCGGCAUCUAUCCCUUCGAGCAUGGCUGCGCCGAAUAUCUGAGCACAACGGACACACAUCCCAAGAUCAAUUCCAUUGUCCUGGCGGAUCGGGCCACCACCUAUGCCACCCACUUCUGGGCGGAGCUGUUUGGUCUGCUCCACAUAGCCGUGGCCUUUGUGGUGGCCUUCAUCCUCCAGAGCUACCGUUUUGUGCUCUACUCCCUGGUGAACACUUUGAUUGUGGGACUCCUACACAUGACCUCGGAUUACCUGGUGAAACCAUUGUUAACCAUGAUGUUUAAUGGUUACCUCCAGCCCCCCUUGAUUUUUCUCUACAAUAUUCUGUGCUCGGUGCGGGAUAUCCUGGAGCCGGUGGCUGAGACUAUCAAUAACUUUAUGAAACCCUUGGCCACAGUGGGGGGUAGUGUGCGAUUGGCGGACGUUAACUAUCGCCAGAUACGGCGAAUUGCUAAGGAUGUUUGAGUUUGAUUUUACCGUGCUUAAAUUGUUAAU